AUGGCCAAUCAACAACCUCCUAAGUCAGAGUUCGUGGUACGGGUACCCAGGAAGAGCGAGCACAAGCGUUUUUCCGUCCUGAAAUUCAAUUCAAUGGAUCAUGUUGAUACAUCAAGAUGGACUGCAGAAAGUUUAGUUUACAUGGAACGCGAAGAUAACAAGAAUGUUACACUGAGCUCACAAACUGUGCAGGAAUACGGUGAAGGUUCCGAGUAUGGAAAAGCGGCGAGAGAAGAAGCACGUCGGAAGAAGUACGGCCGACAAGCAAAAUCGUACAAACUGGACAACCAACCAUGGCAUCUGUCAUUUGUAGAAUCAGAUGGAAGAAAUCGGAAAUUGAAAAGUAUACGGGAAGGGGGUGCCGGAGAACAUGCAGAUUACUGGGUGUUUUUGAAGUCUGGUGAAGAAUUUCUUGCCUACAAGGUAGACGAUUGGCACAAAUUUCUACCGGCCAUUACGCAUAAAACGCUGGAUAUAGAUCAGGCAGAGGAAAAAUUCUUAGAGCGUAACAAAGUAAUGAACCAGUUUGCACUAAAGGCCCAAAUAAUGAGCCAACUUAAAGCAGGUGAAGAAGACGGUGAGCAACUGGAAAAGCCUACAAGAUCAUUAAAAAUCAAAGACGGGUACAGUUCUUCGGAUUCCGAUGGUGAAGAUGAUGAUCGAAAUGACGAAGAUGCUACACCAAAGAAGAAAGAAGGUGUACAGAAGAAGAAGAAAGCACAUGAAAAGCCGAAGAAGAACAAAAGGCCGCAUGUUGAAAACGGAGAUGAAGUUGCUAAGUACGAGUCAUCCGAUGGUGAAGAUGAAGGCAGAGAAUAUGAUUAUAUGUCCGAUAGUGGAUCAGAUUCAGAACGUGAAGAAGUCCCGGGCGAUGAGAAAAUUGAAAAACAACUGGUUGGUGUUGGCGAUGAGGAAGGGCUUAAAAAAAUGAUGGAUUCCGAUGAAGAGACGGAUAGCGAUGAGGAGGAUCUGACAAAGAAACUUUUGAAUAGUGACGGAGAAAGAAAAAAAGAACACUUGGAUAUUGAGGAGAGAGACUCUUCUGGAUCUGAUACUGAUGAUCCGGACAAGGAAAAAAUUGAUUCUGUCGUGUUCAUGCCGAAAAAAGAGGUCCCAAACGGAGGAGAGGCAAGCACUAGCGCUACGUCUAAAAAACGUCCAGCUGAAUCAGAUCCAUCAGGACCGGAAGCGUCCAACGAUGCGAAGCGACCAAAAAUUGAACCUCCACAUGUUCCUGAGGGCCUAAAUGAGGAAACAGUAAGGAAGUACCUACGUCGUAAACCACACACCACAAAAGAACUGUUGGCAAAGAUCAAACAAAAGUGCGGUGAUAUGACAAAGGCGGAGAUAGUUACUAAAUUAGCGGCGAUCCUUAAGGCGAUUGAACCGCAUCAAUUCAAGCAGAAACAGGGUAAAAAGGACGUACUCUUCUUCUCACUUACCAACACCUUAGCAUAA